CAUCAAUAUCUGAGUUUCAUUCAUUGCGAUCCAUUUUUGUAGAAAUGAAGCACUUCGAGUUGCUUUCAUUGAUGAGGUUGAGACAUUGAUUGAAGGUAAAGUGCACGAAGAAUACUUCUCGAAACUUGUGAAGGCUAACAUCAAUGGGAAAGAUAUGAAGAACUUGCAAGGUGCGUUACUUUGCCACUCUAUGCAUGGUUUUUAUGUUGUCCACUAUUCGACCUUGGAAAGGGGUGACCGGAGUAAGCGAUGCUGCAUCACGCCGACAGAUACGAGAUUUAAUGGAUAAAAUGGAAAUAUAUUCUGUGAAAUUGCCUGGAAAUCCAAAGCUUGGUGAAGGGAAACCUGAAAAUCGAAAUCAUGCUAUUAUAUUUACACGUGGAAAUGCAAUAUAGACCAUUGAUAUGAAUCAGGUCAGAAAUCUUCUUGAAGAAUUUUACUGUGACCAUGGAGUUCGCCCCCCUACUAUUCUUGGUGUUAAGGAGCAUGUGUUUACUGGAAGUGUUUCUUCUCUAGCAUCCUUCAUGUCUAAUCAGGAAUCUAGCUUUGUGACUCUUGGCCAACGUGUUCUAGCAAAUCCUUUGAAGGUUCGUAUGCAUUAUGGUCAUCCAGAUGUCUUUGAUAGACUAUUCCAUAUAACUAGGGGUGGUAUCAGCAAAGCAUCUCGCGUCAUAAAUAUUAGUGAAGAUAUUUUUUCUGGAUUCAAUUCAACUUUGUGCCAGGACAAUGUUACUCACCACGAAUACCUCCAAGUUGGCAAGGGACGAGAUGUUGGACUCAAUCAGAUUGCUUUCUUUGAGGGGAAAGUUGCAGGUGGUAACGGGGAACAAGUCCUUAGUAGAGAUGUCUACAGCAUAGUUAUCAAGGCGUCGCCUAGGCGACGCUUAGGCGUCUGGGCGAGCUUGGAUGCGGUGACCCCGGAUAUAACAUCCUUCCCUUCUUCGGAAGAGUUUGCCCUCAAACUCGAGUUUUCUUUAGGCUUUUCAUCGGGGCUGGAGUUGAACUUGCUUACAUCACAAUCUCCAAUCAUACCCUGUCCUGGUUCUUGAGUAAUGAAAAUCUAAGAAUUCU